UCACUCCCCACUAUCGCGAUUUGCAGCCCACUCCAACAUUCUCAGUCAGUCACAUCACAACCAACAACUCAAACCAACAUACUUCCACAACACACAAACAAACGAAAAUGACAGAAUACAAACCACCCCCCCUCCCCUCCCCCUUCACCCACACAACCCCACCACCAACUCUCCUCACCCAAGGCGCCGAAGCUCACCUCUACAAAACAACCUACCUAACACCAACAACCCCCGCGGCGCUCAAAAUCCGCCCCUCAAAACCAUACCGCCACCCAAUCCUCGACCGCCGCCUAACCCGCCAACGGAUCCUCCAAGAAGCGCGGUGCCUUUCGAAACUCGUCCGUGAGGGGGUUAGUGUGCCCGCGAUCCUAGCGCUGGAUUGGGAACCGCAGGGGCAGGAGGAGAAAGAUGCGCUCGAAGGACGGGCUGGGGGCGCGUGGUUGCUUAUGGAGUGGGUCGAGGGGCUUGUGGUGAGGGUUGUGUUAGAGAGGUGGGAGGGGUGGAUGAAGAGGAAUACGCAGAUGGGCGAGGAGCAAAGGAAAGGGGAGGAGAGUCGGGUGAGGUAUUUGUUGAGGAGGAUUGGACAUGUUGUUGGGGGGUUGCAUAAGGCGGGUGUUGUGCAUGGGGAUUUGACGACAAGUAAUUUGAUGUUAAGGCCAACGGCGGCGGGUUCGAGUGUGGAAGAGGAUGGUGGGAAUCCAUCGAUGGAGGGAGAGGUGGUUUUGAUUGAUUUUGGGCUUGCGGGGCAUAGUAAUCAGGAUGAGGAUCGCGCUGUGGAUCUUUAUGUGUUGGAGCGGGCGUUUGGAAGUACGCAUCCACGGACGGAGCCGUUCUUCGAUGAACUGCUGCAGGGAUAUCACGAGGCAUACCGGGGUGCAGUAUCUACGCUGAAGCGGCUGGAAGAAGUCAGGAUGAGAGGUCGCAAGAGGAGUAUGAUUGGUUGAAUUCAGAGAGGAAAAGAAGAGGAAAAUAAACAUAUUGACAAGAAAAACGCCAUGCCAUCGUGUAUAUCAUGUAUCAAUAAUGCAAAUCACGACCCCGUCCGCACACAGUUCCCUAUAUCAGCCAGCGCAAAAUAUCCCUUAUUCUCAACAACUCCCCGGUCCUUGACAACAGCCGUGUACUUCACCACCCACUGCGGC